AUGUCGCAACCACCUGGACUCUUCAGCGUGCGACGCCCUCGCGAAACGCUGGGCCACAUCCAAAACUUUUCAGGCAUCCCGCAACCUGCCUCUGCCGUAAAGCGCGUCUCUUCGAGCAAUGAGUUACGAAAUGCGCCAUUCACGGCGUCGCACGCCCGAUCGACGUCGAUAAAUCAGAGUGUUCAGCGACCCGCGCAGCCAAAUUUCCACCGCUCAUCUUCAGGAGGGAAUUUAGCAGACAUGGGAAUGUCCACCGCUAGAAGAUCAGUUUCAAGUAACAUGUUCGGCAGCGCAAACACUGGCAGACAGAGUCUUGCGCCAAACCAGUUGUUUGGAUCUCAAACUCCUGCGUCGCAAAGCAUACAACGAAGAAGCAGCAUAUUCUCCCGGCCCUCCGGCCAUGGCCCAGUCGCGCACCAGUCCUUCUUCUCCCAACCUCCUGCUCCUGGAAUUGCACCCAAAGACCCUCGACCUCUCAGGGACUCCUCGUAUAGAGCGCGACUGAGUCAAGAACUACUGGACUACUUGACACAAAACAACUUCGAAUUGGAAAUGAAGCAUUCGUUGACGCAAAACUCUGUAAAAUCACCAACGCAGAAAGAUUUCACAUUCAUGUUCCAGUGGCUCUACCGACGGAUUGACCCCGGAUAUAAAUUUCAGAAGAGCAUUGACACAGAAGUACCGCCAAUCAUGAAACAGUUGAGAUAUCCUUACGAAAGGGACAUUACAAAGUCACACCUGGUCGCAGUUGGAGGACAGAACUGGCCUCGCUUUCUUGGAUUACUACAUUGGAUGAUGCAGCUUGCACAAAUGUUGGACAACUUUACACGAGGUGCAUACGAUGAUGCCUGUGCCGAAGCAGGUGUCGACAUUGCGAGCGACAGAAUUGUCUUCAGGUUCUUGUUUGGAGCAUAUCAGGACUGGCUGCAGAUGGGACCUGAAGAUGACGAAGAAAGUGAAGAAGCAGCAUUACAACCUCACAUCCAAGCAAUGACGGACGAAUUUGAACGGAUCAACUCCAAGCACGCGGAAGAGCUACGGCUGUACGAAGCAGAGCACGAAGCUUUGAAAGCGCAGGUCGAAGAGUUCGAGCGCAACGCCCCCGACGUAGCCAAGUUGGAUAAGCACUUCAAAAUCCUUGAGGACGACAAGAAGAAAUUCGAAGAGUACAAUGCAAACGUACAAGCAAAGAUUGAAAAAUACGACGCGCGAAUUAAGAUCCUCGAAGCAGAAAUUCAACGAACAGAAGCAGACCUGCAAGUAGUCGAGCAAGAACGUCAGAGCCUCCAACAAUCUGUCGACCGGCAAGGCCUCAAUAUCCAAGACAUCGACCGAAUGAACACGGAGCGCGAACGACUUACGAAAAGUCACGAAGAUGCACUCGUGAUGCUGGAUGAAGUCAACAAGAAAGUCCUGGAGAAAGAAGCUGAAACGUCGCGAAAACUUGAAGACCUCGAAGUUGUCGUCAAGCGCUACAAUUCCUUGGGUUAUCAAAUGUCCCUCAUCCCCUCUACAGCGGUCAAUGCGAAAGGCGUCGACUUCGAACUCAGCCUCAACAUCUCGGACAAUUUCUCGACGUCGACGUCGCGUAGAAGGGGAUCGCCUGACACCGACCGUCUCCUAGCGGACAACAACGUGGGCUACUCGCCCGUCCACCUGCUGAAUUUGGACCUACGAGGCGCGGUACGGAAUGCCUUCAUCGCGCUGCGCAAGGAGAUCAACGAGCGCCGCAAAGCCGCUGCCGACGCGGACCUGAACGCGCGGGAUUUUCUGGACAACAUCUCCGAAGCGCUGCACGAGAAGAACACCGAGAUCGACAAUUUGAAUUACCGCGUCAACGAAGCCAGCCGGAUGUACGCGUCGCUCAAGGAAAGUCAGACCACGACGCACACGCAGCAAACGAGCGCGAUCGAGAAGCUCGAGAAGGAGCUCGCGAGGAUGAGGGAGGGCCUGGAGCGCGGCGUCGUCGAGCUCGAGCAGCGCGAGAUCGAGGUCGGCGUGGCAUGGGAGAGCAUGCGCGAGGAAGCUGCCAGAGUGCGCGAGGAACUACAUUCGGGCAUCGAGAGGUGUCUGGAGGAUGUGAUCCGGUUCAAGGUUCGUGUGCAAAAGGGGCUCGAGGAGUUCGAAGGCUGGGUCGGUGAGGAGGUAGAGGUAGAGCUGUUGGGAGAUGAGAUGGAUGGUAUGGGUUUGGAAGAUAAGAGGGAUGAGGAGUGA